AUGGAAGAGGUGAACGUACUAAUGGUUCCACUUCCGGCACAGGGCCAUCUCAACCCACUCCUCCACCUCUCCCGCCUUAUUUCAUCCCACAACAUUCCUGUCCACUUCGUUUCUACUCCAGCCCACACCCGCCAGGCCAAAACCCGAAUCCAUGGUUGGGAUCCUUUGUCCAUUUCCAACAUUCAUUUCCAUGAAUUCCCUGUUCCUUCCUAUGAAACACCUCCUGCGGAUCCAUAUAGUUCCACCAGAUACCCAACCCAACUCAUUCCCGCCUUUUUCGCAUCGAUUCAUCUUCGCGAACCGAUUUUCUCUUUGAUGAAACAACUGUCGAACACUACGAGAAGAUUAGUUGUCAUUUAUGAUUCCCUGAUGGCGUAUGUUAUCCAAGACAUUGGUGAGAUCCCGAACGCCGAAUCGUUCGUUUUUCAGAGUGUUUCGGCUUUUGCUGCCUACUUCUACCUUCGGGAAUAUGUAGGAAAACCUGAAGUUUCGGAAUCCAAAAUAUUCCAAACUCUGCCUGAGAGGAACUACCCUGCAGAGUUCGAAGAAUACAUUCGAAUUCAGUUUGAGAAACCGAUUUCGAGUUCAGGUGAUUUAUUCAAUUCCUGCAGAGCCAUAGAGGGAAAGUUUCUCGAUGGCGUAGCUAAGAUGAAGGAAUCAAGUAGUUACAAGAAUUGGGCAAUUGGUCCAUUCAAUCCUGUUGUGAUAAACAAAAAGGAGUUGAACUCAGAGAAGAGACAUUGUUGUCUUGAUUGGCUGGAUAAGCAGCCUCCGAAUUCUGUAAUUUUUGUGUCGUUUGGUUCGACGACAGCAGUUUCAGAUGAGCAGAUCAGAGAGAUCGCAAUCGGCCAUAAGAAUACAGAGUUUUCCGUUUAUUCAUUGCAUCUUUCCAUCUCCAAAGUAGAUCAAAAUCAAGGUAGAGUUAGGAUUUUGUAA